AUGAAUGGUUGUCUACAUUUGGGCCAUACGUUCUCGUUGACGAAAUGCGAAUUUGCCUUAGGUUAUCAACGACUUCGUGGGAAAAAUUGUCUCUUUCCAUUUGGUUUCCAUUGUACAGGAAUGCCAAUUCGCGUUGGUGCUGAUAAAUUACAAUAUGAAUUGCAAGAAUUCGGUUAUCCACCACAAUUUCCUUCCGAUGUCAAAGAAGAAACACAAGAAAACCAGCCUAUCAUGACAACAACGACGACGGCGACGACGGACAAUGGUGAUAUAAAAAUUGAGAAUAAGGCGAAAAGCAAAAAAAGUAAAGCAGCAGCAAAGAGUGGUGGUGUAAAAUAUCAAUGGCAAAUCAUGAAGAAUUUGGGUGUUGAAAGUGAUGCUGAAAUUCAUAAAUUUGUCGAUCCACAACAUUGGCUAAGGUAUUUUCCACCACGUGCUAAACAAGAUCUAGAAAUGAUGGGCUUGAAAGCUGAUUGGCGCCGUGCAUUUAUUACUACAGAUGUCAAUCCAUUCUACGAUUCAUUUGUACGCUGGCAAUUCCAUCAUUUGAAAGAAAAUGGCAAAAUUCAAUUUGGUAAACGACAUACAAUCUAUUCACCGAAAGAUGGUCAACCAUGUAUGGAUCAUGAUCGAAGUAGUGGCGAAGGUGUUGGUCCACAAGAAUAUACUUUAAUCAAACUUCGCAUUCAUAACGAUCAUAUUCCGGCAAAACUUCUUCCCCAUAUCACAGCAUCGAUCAAUGGUGUUUUUUUAGCAGCAGCAACACUUCGACCAGAAACAAUGUAUGGUCAGACGAAUUGUUGGUUGCAUCCCGAUAUUCGUUAUGUAGCCUUUGUAACACGUUCACAUGACAUUUUCAUUUCGACACCACGUGCUGCUCGAAAUAUGGCUUAUCAAGAAUUCACUGAUGUCUAUGGUCAUUAUAUUGCUUUGGCUGAAUUUCUUGGCUCAGAAUUAUUCGGAUUACCAUUGUAUGCACCAUUAUCAUACUACGAAACCAUCUACACAUUACCAAUGAUGACUAUCAAAGAUGACAAAGGUACAGGUAUAGUCACAUCUGUACCUAGUGAUUCACCGGACGACUUUGCUGCUCUCAUGGACAUCAAGAAUAAGGUUAAUCUACGUGAGAAAUUCGGCAUCAAAGAACCAAUGAUCAUUCCAUUCGAUCCUGUGCCGAUCAUUGAACUCCAACCGUAUGGUCGUCUUUCUGCACCAACAGUCUGUGCACAAUUGAAAAUUCAAUCACAAAAUGAUCGUGACAAAUUACAACAAGCCAAAGAAGAAAUCUAUUUGAAAUCAUUCUAUGAUGGAAUAAUUGUUGUCGGCAAGUACACCAAUACUAAAGUAUAUGAUGCUAAGAAGCUCAUUCGUGAUGAAUUAAUCAACGAUGGUCAAGCUUGUAUUUAUUAUGAGCCUGAAAAGAAGGUUAUCUCUCGUUCGAAUGAUGAAUGUGUUGUUGCUUUGGUCGAUCAAUGGUUUUUGGAUUAUGGGAAUGAAAGAUGGAAGCAAGAAGUCAGACGUGCUUUAGAACCAAUGAAUCUUUAUCAUGAUGAAGCACGAAAACAGUUCGAAGUAACAUUAGAUUGGUUGCAUGAACAUGCUUGUUCGCGUUCAUAUGGUCUUGGUACGAAAUUGCCGUGGGAUGAAAAAUAUCUGAUUGAAUCGUUGUCCGAUUCGACUAUCUACAUGGCUUAUUAUACGAUUGUUCAUUUUCUUCAAGCACGUGAUUCAUACGAUGGAGAACAAUUAGGACCAGCCAAUAUUCUUCCAUCACAGUUGACCAAUGAAGUGUGGGAUUAUAUCUUCUUUCUUGACAAAUCUUUUUCAACAUUGUCAACAGACAUUCCUCGAGCCACACUCGAUCGUUUAAGGAAGGAAUUUCAAUACUGGUAUCCAGUGGAUUUGCACGUCAGUGGAAAGGAUCUUAUUUCAAAUCAUAUGACUUACACAUUGUAUCACCACGAAACAAUCUGGCCUAAUCAGCCACAUAUGUGGCCACGUGCUUUUCGACUCAAUGGUCAUUUAUUAUUGAACGGUGAAAAAAUGUCUAAAUCGACAGGCAAUUUUUUGACUUUGGCUCAAGCAGUUGAGAAAUUCUCUGCUGAUGGUAUGCGUUUUUCCUUGGCUGAUGCUGGUGAUUCGCUUGAAGACGCCAAUUUUGAUACAGUCACAGCUGAAGCACAAUUAUUACGUCUCUAUACAUUUGUUGAAUGGGUCAAAGAAACAUUGAAUAUCAAAACAACCGAUCUUAAUGAACUGCUACAACAACAGCAGCAGCAGCAUUCCACCGAAAACAAUCCAAGUUUUGUUUCAUCCGUCGUACAUCGGUUAAAUGAUCAACUUCAUUUAUCUUCCAAUGAUGAUGAACAGAACGAAGAAGAAUUUAGUGAAGAACAGAAGAAAACUUACCGUCUUGACUCGAAUUACAAUUAUUAUGAUCAAGUUUUCCAAUCAGAAAUCAAUCGAGCCAUCCAAUUGACUGAAGAAAGUUAUGAAAAGAUGCUCUACAAAGAUGUAUUGAAAUAUGGUUUCUUCGAAUUACAAACGGCUCGUGACAACUAUCGUGAAUUGUGUUCAGAAAGUGAACAAAUGAAUUUACGAUUGAUCAAACGAUUGAUCAACGUUCAAGUUCUUCUCUUAGCACCGAUUUGUCCACAUAUUUGUGAUUAUAUCUACCAAUUGAUUCAUCCACAAACAACAAUUAUGAAUGCCAAAUGGCCACAAGGAGGAAAAAUCGAUCAAAAACUGAUCGAUUNCGAAUUACAAACGGCUCGUGACAACUAUCGUGAAUUGUGUUCAGAAAGUGAACAAAUGAAUUUACGAUUGAUCAAACGAUUCAUCAACGUUCAAGUUCUUCUCUUAGCACCGAUUUGUCCACAUAUUUGUGAUUAUAUCUACCAAUUGAUUCAUCCACAAACAACAAUUAUGAAUGCCAAAUGGCCACAAGGAGGAAAAAUCGAUCAAAAACUGAUCGAUUUUCAAAAUCAUAUUCUUGACAGCGCUCAUGACUUUCGUCUUCGUUUAACUGCUUAUAAAACUCAACAAUCGGGGAAUAAAUCCAAAGGAGUGCCUGUUCAACCUCCGCUACACCCAACACAUGCAACGAUCUUCAUUGCGCGUUCAUAUCCAUCGUGGCAAAUAUUUGUUCUUAAUCAAUUGAAAGAAUUAUAUUUGAACAACAAUCGACAAGUUCCUGACGUUCAAAGAUCGACCAGAAAUCGACAAGAAGUCAACAAAUCCGAUGCUGGAAUCGAUCGGAUCUCACCGGAUCCGACAAAAUCCGAUGGGAUUCCUGGAAACGGAAUUCCACUGGAAUCCGACUAG